UUCUCUCUCCCCCUCUCCCCCACCCUCCUACCCUACCCACCGCUCUUUAGCUCUGUUUUCAACUUCGAGCACUGCAGCUCUGAUGGUCCAGCUCUUCCAAGACAGAUCUGUAAAGGUCAGCCCUGCACCCUGAGCAGCUCAAAGGGAGAAACUGUACCAGCAGCGCCUCAUGCCCGGCCCUCUCCUCUACCAUGGACAGGUGGCUCCAUAAUGAUAGUUCCAUAAUGGCAGCGGGUGAGGCCCCGAUGCACAUCAAGGUCAGUCUUCUGCUGCUGUGGUUUGGGGAGUGUCUGUCCAUUUCUGGCCACUCUCAGGCCAGCCCCUCCCAGCGCUUCUCCUCCCGAGAAGUUGUGAUCCCCUUGAAGGUGCCCAGCAGGGGCAGAGAUGCUAAGGCUCCGGGCUGGCUCUCCUACAGCCUUCAGUUUGGGGGCCAAAGACACAUUGUCAACAUGAGGGUCAAGAAGCUCUUGGCUUCCAGACACCUACCAGUGUUCACCUACACGGACCAGCAUGUCCUCCAGGAGGAUCAGCCUUUUGUUCCUGAUGACUGCUACUAUCAUGGUUAUGUGCAGGGUCCCGAGUCCCUGGUUGCCCUCAGUACCUGUUCUGGAGGCUUUCGAGGAAUGCUACAGAUAAGUGACCUUGCUUAUGGAAUCGAGCCAAUUAGGUUUUCUGCCACAUUUGAACACCUGGUGUAUAAGAUAGAUAGUGAUGAUAUACAGCUCCCACCUAUGAGAUGGGGCUUAACAGAAGAGAAAAUAGCACGCCAAUUGGAGUUGCGAGAGUUUUAUAGGUCCACUCUGAUGCAAAGUUCUUAUGUGGGCUGGUGGACUCACUUGCGAUAUCUUGAGCUGGUAGUGGUUGUGGACCAUUUCCGAUACCUUUUCUCUGAAAGUAAUGUGUCCCUAGUGCAGCGUGAAGUACUUGAUGUUGUCAAUAUAUUGGGUAUCUUCUAUCAGCCUUUCAAGGUUGAUGUAAUUUUGACUGGAAUUGAGGUCUGGGAUAAAGGAAACCAAAUUCCCACCGAUGACAUAGUUCAGAUGCUGGAAGACUCUGCUUCCUGGAAGCUUCUCCAACUUGAUGCCUGACUGCAACAUGAUGAUGCCCGUCUUUUCAUAAAAAAAUAUUUUGGCAGAAAGCUUGGUAUUGCCUACAUUGGAGGACUAUGCCAGCAUCCUUUUAAUUGUGGAAUUGGUAUAUUCCAAGGCAAGAGUCUGUAUUCUUUUGCCAUUACUGUGUCCCAUGAGCUUGGUCAUAAUUUGGGUAAUCAGCACGACACUGAAUGGUGUGUGUGUGUGUGUGCUUCCCAGUGGUGCAUAAUGGCUCCUACCGUGCAGGGGACAACUAAAUUCAGCAACUGCAGUUGUGCCUACUAUUGGGACCACACUAUGAGUAAAGGCAUGUAUAUUUACCCUCCUCCAUAUCCAGGGAAUGUUUUCAGGUUACAGUAUUGUGGGAACAUAGUUGUUGAAGAGAGAGAGGAGUGUGACUGUGGACCUACAAAGCAGUGUGAACAUCACCCCUGUUGUCUGCUGAACUGCACUCUGAGGCCUGGUGCUGCUUGUGCUUUUGGGCUGUGUUGCAAAGACUGCAAGUUCAUGCCAUCAGGGACUUUGUGCAGACAACAGAUGGGUGAAUGUGACCUUCCAGAGUGGUGCAAUGGGACAUUCCAUCAGUGCCCAGAAGAUGUAUAUGUGCAGGAUGGGAUUCCCUGUAGUGACGGUGCCUACUGCUAUCAAAAGAGAUGUAAUGGCCGUGACAAACAGUGCAGGGAGAUUUUUGGUGAAGGCGCAAAGAGUGCGUCUCAGAAUUGCUGUAAAGAAAUCAACUCCCAGGGAAACCGUUUUGGCCACUGUGGUCUAACUGGCACGGCAUACCUCAAAUGUAAUACCGCAGACAUCCUCUGUGGGAGAGUUCAGUGUGAGAACAUGUCAGUUAUUCCUAAUCUGGUAGAACAUGCUACAGGACUUCAGGGUCAGUUCAGUGACACCACUUGCUGGGGUAUUGAUUAUCAUUUGGGGAUGUCCAUACCUGAUAUUGGUCGAGUGAAAGAUGGCACAGUGUGUGGUCCAGAAAAGAUGGGCAUCUACCAGAAGUGUGUCAGUAUGGUCCAUCUGCCACAGCACUGUCGGUGUGAGACCUGCCACAUGAAUGGGGUCUGCAAUAAUAAACAGCAUUGCCAUUGCAACCGUGGGUGGGCACCUCCCAACUGCACGCACAAGGGCAAUGGAGGUAGUGAUGAUAGCGGCCCACCUCCUAAGAACCAAGGACCAGAGGCAAAGUUGGCUUACGUGUCGUUAUUGUGCCUUGGUCCUUUGUUUGCUUUCUUUUUGUAUCGCUUCCUUGUGCUUUGUAAGAAACAUAAAAGGAAAAAUAGAGAAGAGGUAAAGGAGGAAGAGGAGAUAAAGGAGGAAGAGAAGGAACAGUAA